AUGGCAGAGUUGGCCGGAGGUGCUGCAGGCGGCAGCCGGGCGGCGGUGGGCGGUGGGGCCAGGCUGGGCGGCGUGUGGGGGCCAGGAGGUGCAGUAGCGAUGGGGCCGGGAAGCGGCGGCCGCAGGGAGACUGCCGCAGGCAGUGGUGGUAGGCGGAGCACGGCCGGGGAGCAAGCGGAGGUGGGCGGAGGGGCAGUCGGGAAGCUACAGCUGCAGGGAGGAGCUGGCGAGGGCCUGGCCGGUGGGAGGCCGAGAAGAACCUGCUGCGGGGGCCGGAAAGGGGGUUGUCGGGGGCUGGCACGGAGCCGUGGGGGCCGAAGGCUGAAGAAAGGUGGUGUGGGGCCCAAGGGCAACUAG